CAUUUUUAUAUAUAAUAAGAGUGUGUUUGGUUGGUAAAAUUUGAUAAGAUUGGAGCUAUGGCUGAAUCAGACAAUGAGUCAGGAGGAGGUCAAACAGUGUGCAGAGAGCAAGACAGGUUUCUUCCAAUAGCAAACGUGAGUAGGAUCAUGAAGAAAGCUUUACCAGCAAACGCAAAGAUCUCAAAGGAAGCAAAAGAAACAGUACAAGAGUGUGUUUCAGAGUUUAUAAGUUUCAUAACAGGGGAAGCUUCUGAUAAGUGUCAGAAAGAGAAGAGGAAGACAAUCAACGGUGAUGAUCUUCUUUGGGCUAUGACAACCCUUGGAUUUGAAGAUUAUGUUGACCCACUCAAGAUUUAUCUUCAUAAGUAUAGGGACAUGGAAGGGGAUAAGACUUCUAUUAUUGGAAGGACUGAUCAUAGAGAUGAUGGGAAUGUUGCUGCUGUUGUUUCAUCUUCUAUGAUCAUCAUGAUGGGACAUAACAUCUAUGGAUCUGGAACUGGAUCACCAUCUUCUCGAAGGACUCAUAGAUAGCAAGUUUUUUUUUUUUAUAUGAUUUUUUAUUUAACAUUCCGAUUAUCAAAUAAAAGUGUUUUGAUAAUUUAAAGUUCGAUCCAAAGGUACGUAAAUUCUUAUUAAAGAUUGUUUAAACCAUGAAUUUAUGUAUGUAUAUGUUUAAUAUAUAUUCAUGUAUUUUUUUUUAUAUAUAUUAUGGAUGGUGGUGUGAAAUUAAUGCACAAAGUUUUAGUAGUUUUUGUUCUUU